CCAUUCCCUUUCAUAUAAGACGCAAGAAUAGGAACCAAAGUCCAUCCUCACACGCUACACACGCCACAAAGCACGAUAACCCGGCUGUGUUUUCAUAAAACACAGCUAAAGUUCUGCUAAAACGGCCAAAAAAAAUCUAAAAUUAAUCAACAAUGGCGGAUUUGGAGGCCACAGUAGUGAUGCCUAAGAUCAUUACAUUCCUCUCCUCUCUCCUUCAACGAGUAGCGGAAUCAAACGAUCUUACCCGCCAGUUAUACCCACAGAGGAUCUCGGUCUUCCAUGGCCUUACCAGGCCUAACAUAUCCAUUCAAAGCUAUCUGGAAAGAAUCUUCAAGUACGCCAAUUGUAGUCCCUCCUGCUUCGUAGUUGCCUUUGUGUAUCUUGAUCGCUUUGCCCAGAGACAGCCUUCUAUUCCUAUCAACUCUUUCAAUGUUCAUAGGCUGCUUAUCACCAGCGUCUUAGUCUCUGUCAAGUUCUUGGAUGACAUACAUUACAACAAUGCUUACUAUGCCAAAGUUGGAGGGAUCAGCACAGCAGAGAUGAAUCUUCUUGAAGUGGAUUUCUUGUUUGGUUUAGGGUUCCAAUUAAAUGUCACACCCACGACCUUCCACACUUACUGCACAUACCUCCAAAAAGAGUUGAUGAUGCAAUCUCCUAUUCAAUUAGUAGACAAUCCUCUAAAUAUGGCAAGGCCCCUAAAACUCCAUUGCUGUUUCAAUGAAGAUGAAUCCACCCAUCAAAAGCAACUUGCUGUUUAGGCCUUUUUUAGGAUAACCAAAAAAAUAAAAAAAGUUGGAUCAGUGAUUCUGUCUAUUUGAAAAAAAAAGAAAAAAGGGUAGAUUUUUAGCAACUUGUAGGUUGCUGCUCAUGUGGGAUUGGGGAUUUUUUCCACAUGAAAUGUGGCUUUGACAUAUGGUCAAAACUCUCAUUUGGCUUUCCAUGAUUUGAACCUGGCAGUGUGUGCUUUUGACACAUUGUCACCCUCUUUGUGAUUCAAUCUUUAGUCAGCAAUUGAAUCCCUCCUCAUCCCCUUCUCUCUCU